AAUAAAGGUUAAAUUAAAAAUAAAUAACAAAAUGUCUUCGAGCAGGAAAGAAAAUCGAGCCCAGUCAUAUGUCAGUGGUAUAGACUGACGGAGCAUUGAUUUGAAGACAUGGCGGACGACAAGGACCCCUUGAGACCACUGAAGGACCUGGCAGAGCUCAAGGACCAGCUAGAGGACAUUCAGCGGCGUGUGGAGAAGGAAGUACAGGCUGGGAUCCCACAGGGUGGCAGUGUGCUGGCCUCUCCUUUCCUUAAGGGCUUCUUGGCAGGAUAUAUUGUGUCUAGGCUGCGAUCCUCUGCGGUUUUGGGCGUGAUCCUUGGUACUUGCACAGGCAUCUUUGCAGCUCAAAAUUUUGGCGUGCCCAACAUCGAGCAAACCCUGAAAGACUUUUUCAACACUCUAAAAGGACCCGGCAAAUAACAGCCCUGGUUCUGGGGGAGAAGAUGGAUCACUGAACCAAUAAACCUGCCCCCUAAAAAAGAUCCAUUGAACUACUCUACUCCACAGCCUUCAGUUUUAGAUUGCACAAUGGUACUGAAUUUAGAAAAAUGAUAUUUGUUUGUGUGGAGAAAUUUAGGAAAAACCAAUAUGGUUGCUUGAAUUAUGCAUCACGUCUUCACAAUCAUCUCUUGCAAUGUGUGCAAUACGCCUCAGGGGCUUAUAUAUAUAUUUUAUAUUAACUGGAAAGAUAACGGUCUUAUUUUAUGCAAUGGGGAUUUUACUGAUGGAAGUGGGUGCUUUAUAGGGGGAGAUUUCCUUUGCCUCAGGGCAGCUUUCUAUUUGGUCUUGCUUGUAGAUUAACCAUCUAACCUUGUUAUACCCAAAUUAUAUUUACAACAUACUGUAGUACCCAUAUGUUAAACAUGAGAAUAUUAUGUUAAUAUCUACAAAUCUGUUCCUAGCAAGUUCUCUGCCUAUGUUCUGACUUUUAGGUCACUGUAAACUCAUAUUGACCUGCUCCUAGUAGACCAGUCUUUAUUGUGUCUGGUUGAUAGUUCUGUACACUGAGUACAUCACAAUGCAGUCUAUAUAAUGGUGCACAGUGACCUCUACAGGGGAACUAUCGACCUGCAGUUUGCAUCCAUAUCGGUCAGGUGGUCCUGGCAGGAGUUCCUGUGAUUUAGCAAAGUAAAUCCAUAUACCAACUGAUAUAACCCUGGACAUCUGGCUCAAGCAUUGCAAUUCUAUUAAUGUUCAGUACUGCUUUCUCAGCCAGAACAAACUACAUGGGAGAAGUUUCUGAUUUACCACAAUACUUGGGACUAGUAAACAAUCUUGAGCCAUGCACUAUUAGGUUAAUGAUAUUGUCCUCAGGGGGGGGGGGGGGGGGUUCAAACCUAGCUUCUAGGACCCCCAGCCGUUCCAUGUAUUUUAAAUAUGCCACAGCUAGCACACCUGGUUCAACUAAUCAUCAAACCAUUGAAUAGGUGAAUCAGAAUCAGGUGUGCUAUUUCAGAGCUACAACUAAACUUAAAAAAUGCCAGGGGAGAGAUUUGAAAACCACUGCCAUUGUUACCAGACUGACAGAUGUUGGAGAGCCUAAAAGAAUGAGAUGCUCACAGUUAAUGUUUUUUUUUAUAGCACUAACAUGCAAUCUAUAUCGGUUUAAUCUCACAGUGAAAUGAGAAAUCACCAAUAGCAGAGCAUUUAUAAUUGAUUUUCCAUACAUGAGGUAUGAUAUGUCAGUGAUGUCUGUUCUUGUUGUGACAAAAUGUAGCUGCGCAUUUUCUUUUGCUUUGGUUUGUACACUUGAAAUGGUAUGACAUUUCAAUUAUAUGGCAGCCCUUUAAAUAAAGUGUUUCAUUUCAGUGGCA